UGUUCCAAUUGGAGUGCGAACGGUUGUGCGGUGCUUGUGUGGUGGACUAUCCGACUUUUCUAUAUUUUUAAGGGCCGCGGCAGUAGAGAUAGCCUAUUUUUCUCGCGACAGAGCGCGUUAAGUAAUCAAUUGAAAUCCGGCGAUUGGGUGAAUCGAGAGUUCCUCCCCGAUUCCCGACUCCUGCGUGCAUUUGAAGCACUUACAGCCGCGAUUUCCGCACUCGGGUGCACUGUGCUUUUGUUUAUACGACCUCCGGUCGCCCCACAUUUUCUGUUGAACUUGUGCCGCCGAGCGGUGUUGUCACUGCCCCACCUCCCCCGCGGAAAAUCGAAACUCCCGUACAGUGGGCGUGACCAAGGGCGAAGCCGAUAGAUAAUAACUUUCCACGGGAACUUGAGUGUGCGUAAUAUCGCUUAUAAAGAGUGUUUGGCAACUUGGCAAUCUGGAGUGUCACCAGCAACGAAUUCAAAUCAUAUAUAAUCCAGCUGAUUUGGACGUGUUCUGCAGCGAUUUCAUCCCACUGUGCAAGGCGGGCGGCAGAAAUUCAUAAAACAACAGCUAACAAAUUCGACGAAGAGGCAUACGCAACGGAAACGAAAGAGAGAGCGAGCUUAUUGUAUUUUUGUAAUACUCGUCUGCCCAACAACUACAAUCACUUUAAUGUGCAGCCUAUAAUGUGAGCUAAUGCAAUGACACAGGACCAACUCCCAGUAAUGGUUGCAAUUUAGCCCAGGAGCCACGAAUCCACCAACUCAGCAGAUAGAUCAGCGUUUGCACUGAAGGCUGCUAAUUGAGGACGAGGAUCAUAAAUCAUUAUCAGGCGCCAGCGAGGAGGCGAGAACAGCGACAGCAGCGAUUGAGUUGCACCACCAGAGACGAAUUAAUCAUACGCCGCGUUGGUCGUCCCCCCGUCGAUACUAAGAUAUACAUAUAUACAAUGCCUGCGAGUCCGCCUCCGCACCACGCGCCGCGCACUUGACACGGGGAGCGGCAGAGUAGCCGGCGAAGCCAGUGAGGCCCAGAUUUGUGUUCGAUUUGUGUUUGUUUGUUUUUGUUCGAGCUAGCCGGGCGCGCUAGUUGGCAUCGGUGGCAUCGAAUCGAAAAGUGUUUGAUUUCCGCGAAAACAAAGUACCGCAUGUGGCUGCCAGGGCAAAAUCCGCUAGCCGGCAGCACAAACUGCAACAACUGCAUCUGCAACUGCAACAGCAACAGCAGCAACACCACCAGCAACUGCCGCCAGUUGCCGUCAAUUAUCGCUCAAUAUAUUCUCCGUUGGCCUGUGAUAAACCCCCUAACGUUCUUAAUGAACGACCUUCGGUCCAAGUCAUUCUAUCGUGCAGGCAAACCAACAUCUGCAGCAUCCGCAUCGGGCGCGACCACCAGCGCCAAGUCGUUCGCCAAGGGCCAGAACAACAAUCCCCGUACUUACAACAACAGCGGCAAGUCGAACAAGGUGUUCCUGCACUACAUACCCCGCGAUCCGCGCCUAAGAAUUUUCAACAAAACCGCCACCCUGAAUAAACACUCGAAUCGCACCCUGAGCGAGCUAAACAUAACUGAAGACCUGUGCAAUUAUGGUGAAUUGAUUGGCGGCGGUGCCGAAACAGUGAAGCUAGUGCCAGUGAAAUCUUAAGAAUAUAUCCGCAAUAUCCGCA